AUGGAUGCAUCGGACUUAUUUUCCAUUUCAUCACGGCAACCCGCCCGGAUGCCGCCCGACAUUAAAGAACUUCCUCCCAUCACGCGAGGUCGCAGCAGUAAUUUUCCGCACCGGGUUGGGAGUCCAUCAGAAACCCCACGCCAGAAUCGGCGGAAGUCAGCGUGCUCCAUGCGAACAGUUAAAGAGGAGCGUCAAUCGACGGAACCAGGUCUCACAGCGGAGGGCUUGUUGCACUGUUCCAACUUGGAGGCGCAGAAGGACACUGGCUGGCUCAGUGGCGCUCCACCUCACGCUUUAUCGGUUUCUUCUAUUCCGGAGCAGAUGAGCAGACGCCGCGACUCCCACGCAUCACACAGCGGGAGCAGCAGCAGACGUUCAAGCCAUAAUACAUCUUGUGGCCCGCUGCCCACAUGGGACGAAUUCUUCGAAACCUGUGAAGAUGUUAGGCCACGCCCAGAAAACAGUGACACGUUUCGCGUGUAUUCAAGUGGCUCCUCUGGGCCGAUUCUCAUCCUGCUCCACGGAGCUGGACACACGGCCUUAAGCUGGGCAUGCUUCGCUCGCCUUCUGCGGGAUGGUUCGCCGCCACUUCGCGUCUUUGCAUACGACGCUAGAGGUCACGGAGCCACUAGCUGCGCCGACAGUAAAACUCUGUCAGCUGAAGUGCUGACAGAAGAUGGUAUUGCAAUAGUGCAGUACCUCUUCAAGCGUCUUGAUCAUGAGGUGUCGCCAGAUGCUCAGCAUGAGGACGAACUUCACCGAGGUUCAGAGUUGGCUAACAAAACUGGGGAAGAAACACCAAAACCUGAGAGGGAUGCUGAUUCGCUACCAUCUGUAAUUCUUGUGGGCCACAGCAUGGGCGGAGCGAUUGCGACUAGGAUGGCGGCGUCGGGCCGUGUACCACAGCUGCACGGCUUGAUGGUGUUGGACGUAGUUGAGGGUACUGCUUUGGCGGCUUUGCCGCAAAUGGCUGCCUUCGUUAGUCGGUUUCCCAGCUUGUUCACGAGCUGCAAAGAGGCCGUUAACUGGAGCAUAUUCGCUGGACUCCUGUGCAACAGAAGCAGCGCGUCAAUCUCGAUUCCAUCCCAACUUGUAAAGACUACGAGGGGGGCGCUGCCCGCUAACAGUAAAGGAGCUGAGAGGGGGCCACCGGAUGAGGAAGUAUGGACGUGGCGAGUUGACCUACUGGCUACCGAGCCGUAUUGGGAAGGAUGGUUCCGAGGAAUGUCGCAUGCAUUUCUAUCGAGCCGUUGUGUAAAGAUUUUAAUUUGCUCGUGUAGCGACCGCUUGGAUAAAGAGCUUAUGAUAGCUCACAUGCAGGGAAAGUUCCAAGUGCAGAUUGUGAGCGGUUCAGGACACAUUAUUGAAGAGGAUCAGCCUGCCGAACUAUGCCGUGUAGUCCAAACAUUCAUCACCCGCUACCGGCUUCAUCUACCUCCAAGCCAGCGCGCCGGGGUUUUCCGCCGCUGA